UACGAGGCACACCUGAAGGCAGCAGACCCGUUGCAUGGACGAUGGUGAUAAACCAAACGAAACUUAACUUUUCGGGCGGGUUGUCGGCGUUUCUAAACAAGGUUUGCGGUGGAAACCGGUACUCGUAAAUAUUGUAUCUUUCAGAAGAAAGUCAGCUUCACAGCACACAUCAUUAUGGCACAUUACAGAGCUCCAGACUCCAAAAGGGAGCAGUUUCGCAGAUAUUUGGAGAAAACUGGUGUUGUGGACAGUCUUACUAGUGUUCUAGUGGCUUUGUAUGAACAACCUGAAAGGCCCACCAAUGCCCUGGAAUUUGUGCAGCAGCAUCUCUGUGCUGCCGCUCAGACUUUAGCAGACGCUGAGGCUCUGCAGCAGGAGGUGAAUGACUUAAGGCAGAGGUGUGCACGUCUGGUAGAGGAAAACAAAGACCUCAAAACAAAGCUGCAGCAAUAUGAACCUGCAUCUGAAGAUGGCGCCACAGCUGACUAGACCACAGCAGUGCUUUGGCUGAAAUAAUGUAGUUUUUGUUUUUGUCACUUUCAAGACACAACAACACUGUUAAGUGAAGGCCGAGAUUUUUUUAGGUACCUGCUUUUGUAAAUCUUACUUUCUGUGUUUCUUAUAAUCUAACUUAUUCUGUACAUGUAUGUAAAUAAGUUUGUUUCUUGUUCAGUCUUUAGUAUAACUUUACUGAGAAAGUGCCCUUGUAUACAACCGCAUGAGUCAGUUCUUUAGACGUGGGACGUGUUAUUUUUUUGAGGGGUCUAUGAAAGAAAAUAACCAAUGUCUGAUUAUACUACUGUCAAUUUUAUUUUUUUGGCAUAACAAAGACACACUUACACUUUGUUUCUUAAGGUCUGGUUUCAGUAAACAGCUGUGUGGGGAGAAAAAGCAAAAAUGUAAGUCACCAGUAAAAUAAAGCACAGUCUUGUGAUUAUUGUUGUAUUGUUGAUUAAACCAAUUUCAAAAGA